GUCAAAAUAAUUGUCAUUCGCGGAUUCAUCACUCGAGCGAGCAAAUCGCGAUUUCCUGAUGCGCUUACGACAUGCGUGUAUCAAUUCAAUUAAAAUAAAUCACACUGAUAAACGGUUGACUUAUCAGCGCCAGUGAUCGUGUACGUUAUAUACAAAAUGUCUUCUUUCGUGAAUCACCGCGAGGAUAGCACUGUGACCGUGGAAGAAGCUUCCACAAAAGACAAUGUUACAUAUUACAAAAUAACUGUUAAAGUGGGGCUAGUGCAUUGGAACGUGUUGCAUCGCUACAGUGACUUUGUGGAGCUGCACGAGAAGUUGGUCGCAGACCAUGGAGUCGCGAAAGAGUUGCUCCCGCCGAAGAAAGUUAUUCGGAAUAAAACACCCAAGUUUGUGGAGCAAAGACGAGAGGCCUUGGGGGAAUAUUUGAAAAACGUAUUUAAAUAUUUAAAACUCACGAUGCCGUCCGAGUUCGCUCACUUCCUAGACUUCCAUUUGUAUGAUAUAUUCUUUUUGCUACAAGAUUUAGCGAAGACACUGUUUUUAGAAGGGGAUAAACUAUUGGAGGAUGAGAGGUCACAUAAUUUCACACCCUUGGAGCUGCACGCCAUAAGUGAGCGUCUAAAAAUGGCAUGUCCACCGACUGAGAAGCAAGAUCAGAUGUAUGACUUCAGUCACAUCCUGGACUUCUGCUCUCAGCUACGUUCACUAAACAUUGAGGGGAGUUACGAGAAACUCGGUACAAGUAACAUAGUGCCUAAUGAUUUACACUUUGAUCUGAUACCAUUUAAAUCGCUGAUGGAUUUGAAGAUUCUCGGUGUACCGAUGGGAUGCAUACAGAGUGUUGGUGGGCUUCGCGACACUCUAGUGAGUUUAUCAGUGUCAACAGCGAGCGUCGUGUCGCUCAAUGAGUUCCUGCUUGUCGAUAUCCUGCACAAGGACCCCUCCAGCAUCGCUGACACUGUUAAAUGGAAGAAGCUAUCCGUCAUAAACUUUGGCAGCAACAACAUCCAAAACGUCGACUGGGCCAUAAGAUUAGUACCCAAACUUCAACACUUGAGCCUUUCAUCCAACAAGUUAAAAGAACUCUGUGACAUAUCCUGUCUCCACGAAUUGAGGGUCUUAAACUUAUCUAUGAAUAGUUUCUCCCUAUGUGAGAACUGGCACGCUAAGAUAGGCAACAUAGUUCGAAUAGAUUUGUCCCAAAAUCGAGUGGAAAGUCUCCAAGGAUUUUCGCGUUUAUACUCCUUGGAAAGCCUCGAUUUGAGCUGCAAUGUGAUAACAGACGUUGAAGAAGUCCAGCAUAUUUGUAAGUUACCAUGCUUAGAAUAUCUGUGGUUGACGGCCAAUCCUGUGGCCUCGUCAAUAGACUAUAGGGUCAAAGUUUUAGAACAGUUCAAUGCUAGAAUGACGGAAAUCUGCUUGGACAAUGAAAAGGCCUCGGAAAAGGAGUUGGAUACGGCAAGAGUGUUGCAAGCUUUGAGAACAGUGAAAGAAGGUAAGACGCCCAGUUUUCUACAAAAUAACAACACGAGUCAUAGUUUUAAUAAAAGUUGACAGUAAUUUUGAAUGUAGAAUUUAUUUGAAUUUAGAUCUUUAACUUUUUUAUGAAUUGGCGGCAAAAAUCGCUGGUGAAAUCUGUUUGGAAGUAAAUGUAAUAUUGAAAAUUAAAUGUAAAGAAAGAUCUUUAUUUUAUAAAUGUGAUGAUGUCAUUAUUUUGUUAUUUAUAGUGUUUUAUUUUAGAUUUAGAAUCGCACUGCUCAGUUGAACUGUCUUUGUAAAUGAAAAAUAAAUUAAAUGCUUAUUUGUCUUUGACUAAAGAUUUCGUGAUAAUGUAGUUUCUAUGCUUUCUGGCUGUCUUAAAAUGAAUUUGUAACUGUAAAUACUGCCCAAAAAAUAUGAAAUAAAUAAGAUGGCCUUAGAUGUCUAUAAAAGUCUUUUUGUAAAUUCACGAGUGCUGUUUUAUAAUAUGUAUAUAAAGUCUACGACAGAAAUAUGUGCAAGGAUAAAGGUAAACAAAUUCGCAGUUUGUCAUCUAUUUAUAGAUUUUGUACAGAGCAUGAGUCAGGCAUAGACAAUUUUAGCAUAUAUGCGACCUUUUUGCUCACAUUUCUGGCGCCGACCAUAAAGUUAUUAUCUCGUUUACAAAUGUGAUAUUUGAUAAUCAUAUAGCUUUAUAUGUAUGUGUAAUAUAAUUACUGUUAUGGAAAUGACCAAUACUAAUUAAGCGUAGAUUAUGAAAUAUAAAAUUAAAGAUUUAUUUUUAAAUGACAUAUAAAACUUUAAUUUUAAUAUUCUUGUGUAUAUUUGUUGUAUAAUAUUUGUUUUUCUUUGUUAUAAUGUAGGUUACGUGCAUUCCUAAAUGUAUUUUGAAAAAUCAAUAUUUGCACGACCUUAAAGAAGUGUCCUUUUAAAAGUAUGAAUUGUAAUUUUUUAAAUGCCUGUAAUAUAAAUAAAUAAAUCUUUACAAGAGAGAUAAAGGACAAUAAUUAAAAGAAAACUUCAAAUUUAACCUAAUAUUUAAUGAUGUAGGUAUUCUUGCCUCUGUAAUUAAUGUAAAUGUCAUAAUUCUUUUAAUGAUUUUAAACAAUUACCUACAUCAAUACAUUUAUUAUGCAAUGAACCAAACACUCAUAAAUUAAGGUGCAUUAUUCUGUGUUUAGUGAACAUUUGCGCGCUUGAGUGCUAUAAAACUUGUGUAAUGCAUAACAUUAUUAAUGUUUUUGAGUAACUCCCAUAAUAGUUUCUCCGUUCCCUAUAGAUGGCGCUGUUUGCUAAUAAUGUGAUAAAAGUUGACACUAAUAGAUACUAUUCUGGUCAUAAAUAUGGUAUAAUGAGAUCAACGGUGUCAAAGUUCUAAUCACAUAUUUUACAUAAUAUAAUAUAACCCCAAUUUUCAACACGAGUUUGUUCGGGAAUUACUUGUUUGAUAAAAAAAUUCGUUCAAGGUUCUGACAUAGUCAUUGCAUUAUUUAACCAAGUACGUGUAGAUUGAUGUUACAUGAAUAUUUUUACAAUAUGCUUUUCGCCAUAUAUACCACUAUUAGGUCCCUUUUCGACAGUGCAUAUUAUAUUAUCCUUAUAGUUAUGUUAAAAAUGAUUAGAUAAACUUAGUGUUUUGCUUUCUUUCAAUUGAUAAUAUCUUUGAUGAAUAUAGAAUUCCCUUAUUAAUGAAGUCGGAUUUGAAAACUACUUUUUUCCGCGUAAUUUUAAGCAAAGCAGUCUUAGUCCCAUUAUAAACACUAUAAAGAUCUGAAUUUGUAAACUUGGGUCCAUUUUUUAUAAUUCAUACUAUCCAGUGAAAACUUGUAACUUGUAAAUGUAUUUUGAAUCAAAAUGGCGCUUCUAUUGUCGUAUGUGUUUUUCGCCUAUCAUUAUUAUUUUUGUUUGAAAAUGUUUAUUGCUGAAAGCACAUUUUGUUUAUUAAUAGUAUUAACUGAAGUAUUAUGUAUGUGAUGUAAUAAAUGUAUAGAAAUGUUUUAUUUUUAUUUUUAUUGGUGACGAUUAAUUUAUAAAUAUAAGUUAUGGUUUAACCUA